GAAUCGCGAACAAAGAAGUUUUAAUGGGAUUCGUAUGAGUAUGGCUAUGGGGUUUUUUGUAUAACCAUAGAGAGAAAGAAUGAGUCUUCAAUGGAAUUUACAUAAUAUGUGUGGUGUGGUAUUUAAAGGGUGAUGAAUGGAAGACAACCUCCUUCAUCGAAGCGAAAACAGUCUCUACAGCAGUAACCAGGCGGAACGUCCAACAAUCAUCAACCAAUGCCUCCUCCCUAUUUGAGACGAAGAUCAUCUUCCUCCUCGGAAAAUAGACGAGUUUACCGAAACCGAAUCGCCGAAAUAGAUGCCUCAAUUGCCCUCGAUGCCAGCGAUACACAAAAUGCGGUUUCGAGUCCUCUUUAUAAUCGUGUAAUCUUCGAUCCUUCCACUCUUUCUCUUCCUCUUGAUCCAGUUGCGACUCCAACUCCAGCUUCUCAACCACAGAAAAACGCAAAAUUCUCAUAGAGUAUUUUGUCUGCCGAGUUUCACAGUUAUCCUGAUAUCUUAAAAGAAAUUUACCGCGAACUACCCGAGAAGUACCGCA